UUUUUAUUCUAUUACAGAAAUUGAUUUAAUUAUGAUUUCCAUGAUUUAAUUCUCAAUUAUAAAAUUAUAAAAAUUAGUUGAGUUCUUCUCUUGAUAUUUACACGUAUUGUAUUUCUCGUACAAUACAUAACGAGUUUGCGACAUUAAAAGAGUACUCUACCUCGUACAAUGAUUGAUAAUUUGAUUAUUUUUAUUUUGAUAACGUAAACAAUUUUUUAAUAUAUCUUUAAUAAUGGUAAUACGAGGAAGUGAUGCUAUGACUAAAAGUGGGGUGAUAGAUUCGUAAACGUGAAUAAAUACUUUCAUUCACUCAGGAAUUAAAUAGUAGUCGUUAUAGUUAUCUAUUUAGCAAAAUGUGUCUUUUGAUACGAAUAUUUUUAACUCAUUUAUUACUUGCAUACUUUGUGAUUGGUGGCCCAGAGGAAGAACAAGGUGUUAUAUAUGCAAAUAAAUGCGAAGUUUGCAAAGUUGUUGCCACGGAAUUGGAGGCCAGAUUAGCAGAAACUGGAAAAACACACGAUGUACUUGAAAUUGGUUACUCCGUUGAUGACGUUUUGCCUAAGAAAAAGAAGGAAUAUAAACAAUCAGAAUUACGUUUGGUAGAAAGCAUAGAGGAUCUUUGUGAACGAAUUUUGGAUUAUAAUAUUCAUAAGGAACGUUCAGAUAGUACAAGAUUUGCUAAAGGAAUGAGUCAAACGUUUAAAGCGCUUCAUGAACUUGUGAAUAAAGGUGUCAAUGUUGAAUUAGGAAUUCCAUACGAAUUAUGGGAUAAACCAUCUGUAGAAAUAACAACUUUGAAAACUCAAUGUGAAAAUUUAUUGGAAACUUAUGAAUCUGACAUAGAAGAUUGGUAUCAUAAUUAUCAAGGACAAGUAUCUUUACGCAGAUAUUUAUGCUCAGAAAGAGCAUUAAAGGGUGAAGAUGAUUCCUGUCUAAAAGAGAAAGGUGACUAUGGUAAAGAUAUAAAAGGAAAGAGAAAGAAAAAGAACAAUGAAAAGAACAAUGAAAACAGCAAAGAAAAAGAAAGAAAAGGAAGGAAUGAAUUAUGAAUCAUUGAUCAAUUUUUAUAACCUUUUUUUGGAACUAUAAUAGCAAAUUAUGACAUCUUUUCUACAAGUUUAAUUGUAUUUUUUGUCUAGUCUAUGAACAUUAAAAAUGAUGCCAACUACCUGCCAUAAUUGAUGUGCUGGUUUUUAAUAAAUAAUUUUGCAUUAAAAUAAAAAUGACAUAUUUCUAAUA